AACAUCUUUCUUUACCAUUCAUAUCCGUUACUGAAUUCAUGGAGCAACCGUCUUUACAUUUCUUGUCAGCUUUUGUAUACAAUUUAAUGCAGCGUAAAAAAAGAGGGAACAUCGUCAUCAUUGAGAUCACCAGGGCUUGAAGGCAUCCCAAAUUGAAGUGGUCAUAGCUCAUCAAGGACGGCAGCGUAAUUGAAAGCGACAAGUAGCUCUCUCUCUCACCCACCUCCCACCAUCUCUGCGACUAUAAACACACUGAUACUGACAUACUGUUCCCAAAUUUGGUCCAUUUUCUGCUGAAUUUUGUUGCUGGUGAAAAUGGCGAAGAAGCGUGCGAUGGUGGCUGCCCAGAACAUCGACUUGUCCGCCGUCAAAUACGAGCAAGAAGAAAUCAAAGCUCCCCAUUUGACUGGCUUGGCUUUUAAGCUGUUUGUGUGGAUUGUUGAAGCACCGAUCAUAGGUUCUUUGAUAAUCUCAUUAUUGAAGAAGCAGAACAAGAUGACUCCGUUGUUGCGAAAUACUGUGAUACCAGAGGCACCCAUGUUCAAACCUGAAUAUCCUCCCCAAGAACCAGAACCUGGUGUUGUUUCCCUUGAUGAAGAUGGAAAACCAGAAGACAGAGUUGAAGUGGCCUUGAAAUGCCUUCCACAGUAUGAUCCUGCUAGCUGCUGGAAUGGGGAUUCAACUCCAUCUUUCCGAUACUGGAAGAUACGCGAUUAUGCCUAUGCUUACCGUUCCAAGAUUGCAACCCCAUCUGUGGUAGCGGAGCAUAUAAUUUCAGUUAUCAAGGAAUUCAGCAAUAAGAAACCCCCACAACCUUUGUUGAUUUCUUUCAACCCUGAAGAAGUCAGGAGCCAAGCUGCAGCUUCAACAAAGAGGUUUGAGGAAGGGAAUCCAUUAUCUAUCUUAGAUGGGAUUUUUGUGGCAAUCAAGGAUGAUAUAGACUGCUUUCCCCAUCCAUCUAAGGGUGGAACAACAUGGAUGCAUGAGGUGCGCACUGUCAAGAAGGAUGCAGUAAGUGUUUCGAGAUUGCGUAGUUGUGGUGUGAUUUUCGUUGGGAAGGCAAAUAUGCAUGAGCUUGGCAUGGGUACAACCGGAAACAAUUCAAACUAUGGAACCGCGAGAAAUCCCCAUGCACCAGAAAGGUAUACAGGUGGAUCUUCUUCAGGCCCUGCAGCCCUUGUAGCUUCUGGGCUAUGCUCUGCAGCCCUUGGAACUGACGGUGGAGGUUCAAUCCGUAUUCCUUCUUCACUGUGUGGUGUAGUGGGCUUGAAGACAACAUAUGGACGAACAGAUAUAGGAGGGUCAUUAUGUGAUGCAGGGACUGUUGAAAUUAUUGGACCAAUUGCAUCUACAGUGGAGGAUGUCAUGCUAGUGUACUCGGCAAUUUUGGGCACCUCUCUUGCAGAUAGAAUUAGUUUGAAUCCGGUAACUUUUUCCCCACCUUCUGUGCCAAAUUUGUCAUUAUAUGAUAGUUUGAAUAGUCUGGGAUCCUUGCGACUAGGGAAGUAUACAGCGUGGUUUAAUGAUGUAUAUUCAACUGAUAUCUCCGAUAAGUGUGAGGAUGCUCUUAAUCUUCUUUCAAAAACUCAUGGUUGUGAAAUGGUAGAAAUUGUUAUACCCGAGCUACAUGAAAUGCGUACUGCUCAUCUUGUUUCAAUUGGAUCUGAGUGUCUCAGUUCGCUAAAUCCGUAUUGUGAAGAUGGACAUGGUGCGAGAUUGUCAUAUGAUACACGUACAAGUAUGGCCCUAUUCAGAUCAUUUUCUGCGUCAGACUAUGUUGCUGCCCAGUGUCUUCGGAGAAGGAUUAUGUACCAUCAUAUGGAGAUCUUCAAGACGGUUGAUGUCAUAGUUACCCCCACAACUGGCAUGACAGCACCCAUAAUUCCAUUGAGUGCUCUUAAAGAUGGGGAGACAGACAUGAGGGUUACAGGUUAUCUUAUGCGGUUUGUCGUUGCGGGAAAUCUUGUCGGACUUCCUGCCAUUUCUAUACCCGUUGGCUAUGAUAAACAAGGACUUCCAAUAGGUUUGCAACUGAUUGGCCGCCCAUGGGGGGAAGCAUCAAUUUUGCGUUUGGCUUUGGCAAUAGAGGAACUCUCUGCGAAGUCCAAGAAUAGGCCUGCAUCAUUCUUUGAUGUCCUAAAAUCCAACUAAAUAGAUGCUUUCACUGCUUUCACUGCUUUCACAGCUUUCACUCUCAAACAGUUUCAUGUUUGGAAGACUAAAUUAUCAUAUCCUAUAAUAAUUGCUCCCUGGCAGUUUCUUUCAACAUAA